AGGCCAUACUGGGAAGUAUUGCUUUAACGGUAUCGUUAUCCUCUUUGGUCCUUGAAACUUGGAGGCAACGUUCUAUCUUGUUGAAUUCAGUUGCAAUAGCAAAAGCAAGUAGUUAAUGGAGCUCUUCACAUCCAAUUUCUCUUCAACCAUUCUCAAUCACUCUCCAUGGCGGCCUUCUCUUUCUUCAUCUCCUUCCUCAAUUUCUGCUUCUUUCUCCAAAACCCCUUUGCUUCAAUGCAACAAUCUUCGCUUUCUUCCUCCCCCAUUUCACCUUCUUCACCCUCUUCAAAUCUCCCCGACUUCCCGCCGAUUUUCUGCCUCGCCUUCUUCGCCUUCUUCCGUCGAUCUUGGCCCUAACAUCGACAAGCUUCCUGCGGACCUGGAGAUUUCCGAGACCCAAGAACCCAAUUCCAGAGUUAGAUUGAGUGUAGGAGUUCCACCAGCUGUUUGUGAGGAUUGUCAUAGCAGGGUAAUAGCUGAGUUCAUGAAGCAGGCCAAGAUCCCAGGAUUUCGUCCUGGAAAGAAAGUUCCAGAAAGUAUUCUUGUAAGCUAUGUAGGAAAGAACCAUGUUCAGAAAGCCGUUGUAGAAUCAAUUUUGAAGAGGACCCUUCCUCAUGCCAUGUCCUCAGUAGCAGGAAGGGCACUGAAAGACUCGGUUCGUAUUGCCUCUAAAUUUUCUGAAUUGGAGCAUACCUUUUCUUCUCAAGGCUCUCUCAGAUAUGACAUUAUUGUUGAUGUUGCACCUGAAGUCAGAUGGGUUCCCGAGAAUGGAUACAAAAACUUGAAGGUGGUUGUUGAAAUAGACAGCGAAAUAGAUGCUCAAAAAACUUCCGAACAAGAAUUAAAGCGCCGCCACAAGUCCCUUGGUACAUUAAGAAUUGUGACAGAUAGAGGAUUACAGAUCGGUGAUGUUGCAGUAAUUGAUAUAUCAGCAAUAACAAUUGGUCAAGACGAAUCUAGUGGUCAAAAGAUUCCAUCGGCAGAGAGCAAAGGUUAUCGUUUUGAUACGGAAGACGGUGAUAAAAUCCUUCCUGGGUUUCUUGAUUCAUUAAUUGGCAUUCAACGAGGUGAAACAAAGUCAUUUCCCCUUGUGUUUCCAGAAUCAUGGAAACAAGAAGAUCUCCGUGGUGUUCAUGCUCAAUUUACAGUUGAGUGCAAGGAACUAUUCUACAGAGAAUUACCUCAGUUGGAUGACUCACUAGCUGAUAAGCUUCUCCCCGGCUCUACAACCCUAGAACAGGUCAAGGAAGCGUUGCUACAAAGAUGCCUUGAAGUGGAGCAAACAGCUAGAGAUCAAGCAACGGACAAUGCACUUCUUGACCAGCUUUGCAAGAUGGUGGAAGUUGAUAUUCCUCAAUCCAUAUUUGAGGAGCAAGGCAGGCAGCUAUAUGGAGCCAAACUAUUGCAGAUACAGACAAACAUGAAAUUAAAUGAACAGCAGUUGGCAACUCUAUCUAGUCCAAAGGCUGUGAAGGAGUACCUUGAAAAUCAGAAGGAUAACAUUACACACGUUAUAAAACAGAAUCUGGCCGUGGGAGAUAUAUUUAAACGUGAAAAUUUGCAGGUGGCCACAGAGGAACUCAUGAAAGAGGUGGAAAAUUCUAUUGCUGAAUUUAAACGUAGUAGUCAAGAAUAUGACGAAGACCGGGUGCAGGAACAGGUACAAGACAUACUAGAGGGAGCAAAAGUGCUAGAAUGGCUGAGAGAGCAUGCCGAGAUCGAGUACAUAACCAGAUGAUAAUGAAUAAUUCGAGGGAGAGGAAAGGAGAACGAGAUCGAAUUUAUCUGCUUGGACACUCGUGUAUGAGUGUCGAUGCACGGUCCGUGCCCUCAUUUUCCACGUUGGCUCCAUGAGUCACAGUUCCAUAGUUUUGCAAGAGCUUUGCCAACUAUUAAAAUUUAACUUUCAUUCGGUAUGAGGUUUCGUCGAUAAAAAAAAAGGCUUACAUAUUAUUAAAGAGAGUUGAGAUGUUGUAGAUUUGUUAUUAUCCAAGACAGAGAGUAUAUAGUCAAAUUUAAGGAACAUGAAUGUGAAAGUAUGAAUAGUUUUGUAUAUUUGAGCUUGAUAAUCAUGGCUGAAAAUUUGGUGUAAUCUAGGUUUAAAUUGAGUA